GGCAUAUUACAUUUUACUGCACUUAAUUUAAUGUUAAAUUGUGUGAAAGGGAAAAAAUUUUAAAAAUUUCAAAUCUAGUUCGACCGUUAAUUUCAUGCCAUAAUCUUUGAAUGAAUAAAUUGGUUGGUUUUGAGAGCUUACAUGAUAGCAAAUUUGAUAUUUCCGAAUUGAAAAAAAAAAAGAAAAAAAAGAAAAAAAACAGAGUGAGACCGGCUUAUUUCUGGCCAAAAGGUUCCGAGUACACAUGAGAUUUUACUAUUGUCUCCUGCCGUUGGAUUAGUCUACGGUCUAUAAAUAGGGUAAACCCCACCCUCUAUCGAUCUCAGCCAACUCUCUUUCUCUCGAUCCGUCCUCUAGGGUUUAUUGAUCAAUAAUCCAUAAACCCUACUGUCGUCCAAACUGUUCCUCUUUAGGGUCUCGCACUUUUUUGUUCAAUUCUUUAUUCCCAGCGUCGUAGAUUGUAAUAACCGAAGAGCCCAAGAAUCUUUGUAUCCAUUUAUGUUAUCUACAAUUUUUUACUUUGAAAUGCAAUAAAGUUCUGGGAUUUCGAAUCCAGUAACCCUUUCCGAGUUCUGAAAAGAAUUGGAGAUUGAUGGGAUGAGUAAUUGAAAACCCUAGAAAGAAAUGAUAUUGGGGUUUGAAUAUGAGCGAUGGAGGUGAGGACGACAGGAGAAACAGUGACAACAAUGCGCCGAAGAGAGCAGGGCCUGACGAGUUUGGCCGGGCGGUAUCGAAGAUUGCGGUGGCGCAGAUAUGCGAGAGCGUCGGGUUUGAGGGCUUCCAGGAUUCCGCGCUGCAAGCACUGUCCAAUAUUGCCGUCCGAUACCUUUGCGACGUGGGAAAGACGGCGAAUUUCUGUGCGAAUUUAGCUGGUAGAACACAAUGUAAUGUGUUUGAUGUUAUUCGAGGGUUGGAGGAUUUGGGUUCGUCGGAGGGGUUUUCGGGUGCGUCGGGGGUUGAUCAAUGUAUUGUGAGUUCGGGCACGGUGAGGGAGAUUGUGGAGUAUGUAAACUCGGCUAAGGAGAUUCCAUUUGCUCAGCCCGUGCCUAGGUUUCCUGUGGUUCGGAAUUGUAAAGCGACACCAAGUUUUGUGCAAAUGGGGGAAACUCCUGUUGGCAAGCAUAUACCACCGUGGUUGCCGGCUUUUCCUGAUUCCCACACAUAUAUUCAGACGCCAAUGUGGAAUGAGAGGGCGACGGAUCCCAGGGCAGAUAAAUUGGAGCAAGCCAGGCAGAGGAGGAAGGCGGAGAGGUCUUUGUUGAGUUUACAGCAGCGAUUGGUUUGUAAUGGCUCAGCAUCUGCUUCCACCUCGGUGGGACGAUGUGAUGAUGCUGAGGCAUCUCGGGCAGCUGAGGGAAACCCAUAUCUUGCUUCGCCAUUGCAAUUUGGAGAGAAAGAUGUCUCUACGGUUGUUUUGCCAGCUAAGCUUUUGGAUGACUUGGUUGUAGAUAACCAUGUUUCCGUGCUAGAGACAUUUGCACCGGCUAUUGAAGCAGUGAAGAAUUCGUUUGUUGAUUCAGGGGAAAGUGAGAAAAAUGUUGUUCCUGAGAAAAGGUCUGCUGUUCAUUUUAAGUUGAGAACUGGCAAGAAAAUUUUAGGCGAAUCUGUGGAUUUGAGGCUUAAGAACAAGAGUGUGGGGAAAGUAGUGUCAUUGAUUGGGCGGGAUGAGGAGAGGGAUGACAAGAAAAGAAGAGCUGAAUACAUUCUUAGACAAUCCAUGGAAAACCCACAGGAACUCACUCAGUUGUAAAUUAAUUCAUUGACUGUCUUGCUUGGUGGAAAUCUUCAUAAUUUAUUCAGACAUUGGUGCUAGCAUUAGACUCUUGGUGGCCAAAAUUUAAGCCAAACCGUUGUUCUGGUAUUGAUACUAUGAGAAUCCAGUUGGCAGCUCCUCAUAGUCUCAACUUAACAAUUGUAGGAGAACAAAGAGCUGCAGAAAAUGUACAGCCAAAAAAAAAAAAAAGGGAAAAAAAUGAGACAUGAUACUACAAAAAUGUUGGUGAUUUCUGGCUGAUAGCUGAUACUGUUGCCUCUGCUGGUUAAACUGGAGCUGAAUGCCCGAUGCAAACAUUGUCUCAGAGUUAUCUGUGCUUUGAAUUUGCGUAAUUGCAGAGUGAUGCAAUGAUAUUCUGGUGGUUUCGUCAUGUUUUUCCCCAUUUGUGCACACGUUAAUAUUUAAUGUCACUGUUGUUUUCAUGAUUAUGCAGUAGUUAUUAUUGUAAGAAAAAUUUACUGCUAUGUUCUUAAAUUCAUAAACUUGAGCAUAA